AUGGCCUCAGGAAAGACCCCAAGCCCAGAGCUGCUGAAGGCUGAGGAGCAGCAGACUGCAAGCGCUGUGGAUCGAGUCACCAGCCUGCCCUUGCUCAGCUCUGCCUUCAACCUGGUCUCCUCUGCCUACAGCCACACCAAGGAGUCCCACCCGUGCCUGGGGGGCGUCUGCAGCGUGGCUGAGACCGUGGCUGCCGUGGCCGUGGGCAGCGUGCUCGGGGGGGCACAGCCCAUCCUGAGCCAGCUGGAGCCGCAGAUUGCCCUUGUGAAUGAAUAUGCCUGUAAAGGUCUGGAUCAGCUGGAGGAGAACUUGCCCUUCCUGCAGCAGCCAGCAGACAAGGUAAUCUCAGACACCAAGCAGCUGGUGACCAGCAAGGUGACAUCAGCCAUGGAUGCUGCCUGUGAGGCCAAGGAAGGAGCCAAGGAGCUGGUGACCAACAAGGUGACAGAGGCUGUGGAUGUCACCAAGCACAUGGUGGAGGACAGUGUUGACAGGACCAAGUCUGCUGUGGCUUCCACCAUCACUGCUGCUGUGGGGGCUGCAGUGAGCCAGGCAGUGGCUGGAGGUGUGGAAUCUGUCCUGGGAAUGUCAGAAGACCUUGUGGAUCAUUACCUCCCGAUGACCGAGGAGGAGCUGGGUAAACUGGCCACCACGGUGCAGGGCUUUGGCGUGGCCUCGCUGGAGGAGCAGAGGAGGCAGCGCAGUUACUUUGUGCGCCUGGGCUCGCUGUCGGGCAGGCUGCGGCUCCGAGCCCACCAGCACGCCCUGGCCAGGCUGCAGGGCCUCAGGAACAGCACCCAGGACACCCUGGCACGGCUGCAGCUGGCAAUACAACUGAUUGAAUCUGUCAAACAGGAGGUUGGCCAGAAGCUGCUGGAGGGGCAGGAGAAGCUCCAUCAGCUGUGGGUGGACUGGAGCCUGACCCAGCCCAAAGGAAACCAAGUCAGAACUGCGUGCCAGCCAGAGGUGGAGCCCCGCACUCUGGCCAUGCUCAGGAUCAUCACCCAGCAGCUCCAGCCCGCCUACGAGAGCCUCCGGCUCCGCACCCACGGCCUCCCCUGCAGCGUCCAGGACGCCGUGUCUCAGGCCACUCGACACAUCCACAAGCUCCACAGCUCCUUCUCCAGGGCCGUGUCCUUCCAGGACCUGUCCAGAAGCACCCUGGCCCGCUGCCAGGACCGCGUGGCAGAGGCCCGCAGGUCCCUGGAUGUCCUGCUGGAGUAUGUCACUCACAACACCCCCCUCAACUGGAUUGUGGGGCCCUUCAGGGCCAUGGCCUGUGGGAGUCCAGAAUCCCAGCACAGGCCCCAGUUCUGA